CUAGUCUGUCAGAUGUAAACAAAGCCCUAGUCCUCUCAGAUUAAGCCUAAAAUAAAACCUAUCGCGACACAAGUAUUGGGAAGUAAUCGAAUCUUUUCGGUCUACCAACUCUAUAUAUUGUUAUCACUCACUGUCACCUCGGGCGCGUCCAUUAUUUAGCAAAAAAAUGAAGUGAGUUAGCCUGCGGAUGCUUCGGCCGGCGUUGCGCGCAUUUCCCGCAUAGCUGCCAAAACCCACUCCUGACUACAACCCCGCGAUCCUUUCUCAUAAGCAAACUCGCUGCACUGUUAACUAUGUGUUUAUUAAACUACCAGCUUAAUAACGACUUUCAAGAUCACCGUUUCAGAUUUGGUUCGAUUAAACAAAAUUGACCUUUGGCCAGUCACGUGACCCCGAUGCUUGGAGAGAUAAAAAAAACAAGAUACUUUCCUGUACGUGGUUUCGCUAUAGAAACUGGAACAUGAAGUUUUUGGACCUUUUCGGGCGCCUAAAAUCCGUGGUUAUUGGAAUGAUUCAUGUCAAAGCCUUACCAGGCACCCCCUUGGGUUGUAUGAAAAUGUCCCAAAUCACUGAGGAAGCAUGCAGGGAGGCAGCUAUCUACCGUGAUGCAGGGAUUGAUGGUGUGAUCAUUGAAAACAUGCACGAUAUCCCUUAUUCCUUCUCCGUGGGCCCUGAGGUGGUCGCCUGUAUGACUGCGGUAUGCAGUGCUGUGAGAAGCAUCUGUCCAUCCCUGCCGCUAGGAGUGCAAAUCCUGUCUUCUGCUAACCAGCAGGCACUGGCUGUAGCACUGGCUUCAGAUCUGGAUUUCAUCAGAGCUGAGGGUUUUGUCUUUUCUCACGUGGCUGAUGAGGGCCUCCUGAAUGCCUGUGCUGGGGACUUACUGAGAUACCGCAAACAGAUUGGAGCUGAGCAUGUGCAGAUCUUCACCGACAUCAAAAAGAAGCACAGCUCCCAUGCCCUGACAGCAGACAUGAGCAUUGAAGAAACAGCGCGUGCCGCAGAGUUCUUCCUCUCUGAUGGAGUCAUCAUCACAGGAGCAGCCACCGGAGUGCAGGCUGAUCCGCAGGAGCUCAGAGAGGUUUCCCAGUCUGUGAGAAUCCCAGUGCUCAUAGGUUCUGGAGUGACCCAUGACAACAUUGAACGCUACCUUGAUGCAAAUGGGAUGAUUAUCGGAUCACACUUCAAGGAGGGUGGCCACUGGGCCAAUGCGGUCGACCCGCAGCAAGUGAAGAGGUUCAUGAGAAAGAGACGUGACCUUCUCAAAUGA